AUAAAACUACGUUUUUAUAAAAAUACCAAUGUCAAUCAAUUUCAGUGUUAUUUUAUGAUAUGAAGUGUAUUUUAUUUAUAAGUAAUUCAAUGAGGAUGUGGAGAACGGGUUGUUUGCUUUUUAUUUUACUCUGUGCCGUGCAGUCGCGCGCUAGCUCGCAUGAAGAUAGAAGCCUAUUUAUCGGGAAUAAAGAAGCAUUCCACAACAUGUCGCUACAGCGUCUGACGACGCUCCGAGCGGUGAUGGCGAGUCAGCCGACCGCUCUCGCCGCGUAUAUUAUACCGACUGCCGAUGCUCAUAAUUCAGAAUACAUAGCACCGGUAGACGCCCGUCGCGAAUGGAUAUCCGGUUUCACCGGGUCGGCUGGCACGGCGGUUGUGACGUCAGCGGCCGCUCUAGUCUGGACGGACGGACGGUAUUACACGCAGUUUGAGAAGGAGGCCGAUCUCAAGAUAUGGACGUUGAUGAAGCAGUCUUUACCUGAAACGCCGACUCUAGAGAAAUGGUUGUGUAACAACCUGAGCGAGGGUUCCGCUGUUGGAGUAGACCCUCACACCUUCACAAGGGAGGAGUGGACUCCGUUACAGACAGCUCUAUCCAAGGUGAACAUGCAACUCAUAGCGGUGCCUAAGAACUUGGUUGAUGAAGCGCGUCGUAUCAACAACCACCCGCCGCCAGCCAGACCUAACAACACGGUUAUACCGCUAGCUGUCAAUUAUACAGGCAAACCUGCUGGUCAGAAGAUCCGUGAGCUUCGCAACAAGAUGGUGGACAAGAACGCAUCAGCUUUGAUCAUCACUGCUCUUGAUGAAGUCGCAUAUACCCUCAAUCUUCGAGGCAGCGACAUCAAAUACAACCCUGUAUUCUUCUCCUACCUCAUCAUAACGCCCACAUCAGUAGUGUUGUUCCACACGGGAUGUUUACCGGAACCAGUGCUGUCCCAGCUGUCUGCCGAAGGAGUUGAAGUGCAGGAGUAUCCUUAUGAAGAAGUUGAGGAAUAUUUGAAGAAUAUGGCUAAAGAGCUAUCGCAAUGCGGCAAGCAUUCCAUUUGGUUGUCAAGUGAUGCGAGCGAAGCUAUUCACAGAGCGGCUUCUGGGGUGGAUGUCCUAAAAACCCCACUAUCGUUAAUAUCUGAAGUAUCUCCAGUUGCUCUUAUGAAGCUUGUCAAGAAUGAAAUCGAAUUGGAAGGUUUCCGUCAUUGUCACAUAAGAGACGGCAUAGCAGUGAGUCGGUUACUCAAAUGGCUUCACGAUCAGAUCGACAAGGGAUUGCCAGUCACUGAGAUACAAGCAGCCGAUAAAUUACUUGAGUUUAGAAAGGAAGAAGCGGACUUCAUGGGCCCCUCGUUCGAGACGAUCCCCGGCGCGGGGGCAAACGGCGCCAUCAUACACUACAGCCCCUCUAGAGACGGGCCCCAGAAGGUCAUCGAGAAGAACGACAUGUUUCUUCUCGAUUCCGGCGGACAAUACAAGGAUGGUACCACAGAUAUAACGAGAACACGCCACAUGGGCAGGUCGCCCACCGCUGAGCAAAAGUCGGCGUUUACCAGAGUAUUGAAGGGACAGAUGAUGGUCGGAAGCGCGCUAUUCCCACAAGGCGUUAAGGGCAACGUGUUAGACAGUUUCGCCCGCCACUGCCUGUGGCAGGUGGGCCUGGACUACGCGCACGGGACCGGGCACGGCGUGGGACACUGCCUCAACGUGCACGAGGGACCCGCCGGCGUGUCCUGGAGGCCGUACCCGCACGACCCCGGACUCAAGCCCCGCCAGAUACUCAGCAACGAACCGGGGUACUACAAAGUUGGCGCUUUUGGUAUACGUCACGAAGAUUUGGUGGAAAUAGUGCAAGUUACAAAGGAUUCGAAACACCCCAAGGCAAGCGGUCUUUUGGGUGAUUUCGACGGGCGCGGCGUUCUGGGAUUCAAUACUCUGACGUUGGUUCCGAAUCAAAAGGAAUGCAUUGACGUCUCAUUACUGUCUGAUGCUGAGUUGAACUAUAUAAAUAACUACCACGCGCGUGUGCUAGAAACCCUGGGGCCAAUUAUGAAGCAGAGAAACCUGAAUGAAGAUCUCUUGUGGUUGCAAAAGGAAUGUUCGCCGUUGGUCAGAGACUAAUUUCGGUAAUCAAGAAGAUAUUCCAUUCAGCUUUUACUAACUUAAAGUACAAUAAACUUUGUUACUAAACUG